GUAAUUACAUAUACUAUAGGGACCAUAAAUUUAUUUUAGCAUACCUUAGGGCUAAUUGUAAGAGUAAUUUACCAUUAAUAAUUUUAUACAAUUACUCGUAUUAAAUUCAAUUGAAUACGCCCCCCUUAUCAAAACCCACAGUCCCCACUCACUCCGCAUUCCACCGGCGAGGAUGGAGCUCCGCCUCUACAAUCCGGCCAACCUCCGCCGCUUCUGCCUCACGGUACAGUCACGCUCCAACAAAACUCCAGAUUCCGACCGCAAUUGUGAACCAGAGGCCCUCCAAUUUCGCAAGCUAUCGAAGAAAGACCUCUCACGAAUAUUGAGAACAGAAUCCGCCAUUAAAGCCGUCGAGAGAAAGUCGAAAUCUUCAAAGUACAAUAACCUCUGGCCUAAAGCUGUUUUAGAAGCUCUUAACGACGCAAUUAAGCUUAACCGCUGGGAAUCCGCUCUCAAGAUAUUCGAUCUUUUACGUAAGCAGCAUUGGUACGAGCCGCGAGGCCAGACAUACACGAAGCUGUUAGUAAUGUUAGGCAAAUGCAAGCAGCCGAAUCAAGCUACUUUGCUUUUCGAGUUAAUGCUGUCCGACGGGCUCAGUCCGACGGUCGAUAUUUACACAGCGCUCGUGGGGGCCUACGCCUCCAGUGGCCACUUCAACAAAGCGUUUAGUAUCGUAAACGAUAUGAAAUCCAUUGAAGAUUGCAAACCAGACGGUUUUACUUACUCCAUCCUUAUAAAAAGCUGCAUUAAACUCCAAUGCUUCGAUAUGAUCGAGCUGAUUCUAAAUGAAAUGUUGCAAUCGGGAAUUGAAUUUAGCGCCGUGACGUACAAUAUCUUGAUCGAUGGGUACGGCAAAGCUAAACGUUUUGAGCAGAUGGAGAAAUUAUUGACUGAGAUGACGCGGAGUGGCAAAUUUAUUCCCGAUAUUUUUACUUUUAAUUCCGUAAUUGGGGCUUACGGUGGAUGUGGAAUGAUUAAAGAAAUGGAGAAGCGGUUUGAUGAUUUUAAGGAAAUCGGAUUGGAGCCUGAUAUAAUGACGUAUAAUAUUUUAAUCAAGUCGUACGGUAAAUCUGGCAAUUACAAGAAAAUGGGAUCGGUUAUGGAAUUCAUGAACAAGAGAUUCUUUUCUCCCACGGUCGUUACGUAUAAUAUAAUAAUCGAGAUAUAUGGAAAAGCUGGAAACAUCGAAAAGAUGGACGAGGUUUUCUUGAGGAUGAAGCAUCAAGGUUUGAAGCCUAAUUCGAUUACGUACAGCUCGCUUGUUUCUGCGUAUAGUAAAGCUGGGAUUUUGGGGAAGGUCGAUUCUAUUAUAAGGCAGGUCCAGAAUACUGAUUUGGUGCUCGAUACGACUUUCUUUAACUGUAUUAUCAAUGCGUAUGGAAAUGCGGGCGAUAUCGAAAGAAUGAUGGAGUUGUUCAGUGCUAUGGAGGGGAAUGGAUGUAAACCGGAUAAUAUAACUUUUGCUACGAUAAUACACGCGUGUCGUGCGCAUGGGAUGAUGGAUACUGUUAAGAAUUUGGAGAGUACUUCAGGGUGGAAGUUGAUUGGCUGAAGUUGGAGAAACUAUUGACAAGGAUUGGUUAAAACUGGGAAGAAGUUUAGCCCCGGUUAUUACAUUGUUUUGCUGGUGAGUACAAUAUACCGUUUUUUUGUUGUGUGUUGACUUAAUGUGUUGACUAAGCUCGGAUUCUGAUGUGUGAGAAGUGUUUAUAUACGAAGGCUGUUUAGGCUAACCUGCUGUUGUUAUAGAAACGUUUUGAUUGGAAAAACCCGUGAUCUGGUUUUGUAUAUGUUCGAAGAGCAUGUUUGUAAUGAAAGACCGCAUUAUACGAUUUAAAGAAAAAUGCCGUUCAGAUGAAUAAUCGAGGGUGCUGAAUUUUGUAUUUAGAAA